UCCGAAGGUCAUCAAUCCUCAAAAAGCACCGAAGAUUCUCGCUAUUACCCUCAUUUCUCACAAGCUCGUUCUGUGCAGUCUCGGAUUUUCCCGAUGGCCUCGGCGGCGCGUGCAAUCCACUCCGAGCUUAGGUCUACGAAGCCGGUUCUUCAGAGGAGAGAACCGCUGGCGCCGGUUCAAGUUCAGGUUCCCAAAUCCAAGCCCGCCGAUUCGGAUGGAACUAAGGUUGUAUUGCAGCCUCGGCUGUGUAAUCUGAGAUCGUACGGCUCGGAUCGAGUCGGGGUGAUAAAGACGAGGAGGGACGGCGGCGAUGGCGUAUCGCCGUUCUUUGCGAUUCUUUCGGAGUAUAUAGAGAGCUCGAGGAAGAGCCAUGACUUUGAGAUCAUCUCCGGUCGGCUAGCCAUGAUAGUUUUCGCGGCAACCGUGACAGUAGAGUUGGUGACGGGAAACUCGUUGUUCAGAAAGAUGGAUGUUCAAGGUAUUGCGGAGGGAGGUGGGGUGUGUUUGGGGGCCAUUACUUGUGCUGCUCUCUUCGCAUGGUUCUCCAGUGCCCGAACUAAAGUAGGUCGGAUCUUCGCCGUCGGCUGCAACACGUUUAUCGAUUCCCUCAUCGAUCAGAUUGUCGAUGGCUUGUUCUACGAAAGUGAGCUUAGUGACUGGUCCGACGAAAUCUGAGACCGGAGUCAAAUCAACAUCAUCUUCUAUCUGCAAGCUUAAUUAAUACAUACAUAGAUAACAAGGUUUGGUCCUUAAUUGGAUUAGGAUAUAGUCAUGGAACUCCAAUAUUUCAUGGUAUGGUAUUUUUGUAAAUUUGGGAUA